CCCCAGCUCCCGCGGAGGAGGCUGCGGGUUGCGCGCCCGGACAGGGACCCUACAGCUCCAGUUUCUCCCCCACCAAUAAUUUAGAGAAGAAGAGGGCAAAAAUAUGAAGACAUAAGGGGGUAAAAUAAAGAGCUACAAGUUGAGGGAGAUUCCCUUUGGUUUAAGGUGGCCAAGUCCUCUCUGAGGAAAUCACAUUUCAGCUGGGACCUAAAGCAAGUGAGAAAGCAGGGGAACACCAAGCAAGCAGAGGCAUGUGCAAAGGCUCUGAGGCAGAAAAGAGCUUCAGGGAUCCUGAGUCACUGAAGCAAGGCUGGUAUGGCUGGAACAUUGUGAGUGUGGGGAACACCAAGCAAGCAGAGGCAUGUGCAAAGGCCCUGAGGCAGAAAAGAGCUUCAGGGAUCCUGAGUCACCGAAGCAACGCUGAUGUGGCUGGAACACUGGAGUUGAACUUGUCAAAUUAAUGUCUGCAGUGAUAUGUAUGAAGCAAAGGGAAGAAGAAUUCUUGCUAACCAUCAGAACUUUUGCAAACAGGAUGCAGAAAUCCCCUUGCUACAUUCCCAUUGUGAGCAGUGCCACCCUGUGGGAUAGAAGCACACCCAGUGCAAAGCACAUCCCUCGUUAUGAAAGAACGUCAGUACCCUGCUCCAGAUUCAUUAAUCACAUGAAGAAUUUCUCUGAAUCUCCUAAAUUUCGUAGUCUACACUUUCUGAAUUUUCCAGUAUUUCCAGAAAGGACUCAAAGUUCAAUGGCGUGUAAAAGACUACUUCAUACUUGCCAGUACAUAGUCCCCAGGUCUUCUGUAAGCACAGUUUCUUUUGAUGAAGAAAGCUAUGAAGAACUCCUUUCCUCUCCAGCACCAUGCAGUGAAACUGAUGAGGCCCCAUUGAUUUUUACUGCCAGAGGAGAAACUGAGGAGAGAGCCAGAGGAGCACCCAAGCAGGCUUGGAACAGUUCAUUUUUGGAACAACUGGUUAAAAAGCCUAAUUGGGCACACUCAGUAAAUCCUGUUCACCUGGAGGCUCAGGGCAUACACAUCAAUAGACACACAAGACCUAACGGCCAGCCCUUGAGCAGUCCCAAGAAAAAUUCUGGUUCUGCCGCCAGACCUUCCACUGCCAUCGGCCUCUGCAGGAGGAGCCAGACGCCCGGCGCUCUGCAGAGCACCGGCCCGAGUAACACAGAGCUCGAGCCGGAGGAGAGGAUGGCAGUCCCAGCAGGCGCUCAGGCACACCCCGACAUCCAAAGCAGACUCCUGGGCGCGUCCGGAAAUCCCGUCGGAAGAGGCGCGGUUGCCAUGGCGCCGGAGAUGCUCCCCAAGCAUCCUCAUACCCCGCGGGACAGGAGGCCUCAGGCGGACACCUCCCUCCAUGGCAAUCUGGCAGGAGCGCCCCUUCCUCUGCUGGCCGGUGCUUCCACCCAUUUCCCCUCCAAGAGGUUAAUAAAGGUUUGCUCCUCAGCACCCCCCCUCCCAACCCGGCGUUUCCAUACGGUUUGUUCACAGGCCCUUUCUAGGCCGGUGGUGAAUGCUCACUUACAUUGACCGCUGCGAGGGAAUUGUUCGGCGAGUGCUGCCCAUCUUCAAAUCAAUGCCUGCUCAGAACAACAGACAGGGCCUCAGAUGUACUGGUUUCCACAGAACCAUUGUUAGGCUUUUGUGAAGCAUUUUUGAACCUAAUAAAUAAUGUCAAAAGUCCCUAGCGCAGCC